AUGGAGGACGCUGAUAAGAUCUCUUGGGAUCGGGCCUACGACAUAGCUCAUGCGAAGGUCGAAAUUAGUGAACAAAGUCCAAUUUUUCUUUCCACCAUUUCGUCUACUGACAUCGAUCGCUUGAACUCUUCACCAUCUACUACGAUAUCCCUAAGUGGUAGCGAGUGUUACCGCUGUGGGAAGGCUGAAUACCGCGCAAAUAUUCAAGUAUGUCCAGCCAGAAACUCAAUGUGUCGGAACUGCGGUAAGCCCGGACGUUUUGCCAGAGUCUGUCGUUCCCGCACCAUAUCACGUGUUCAUCCCUCUACCAGUAACCUUUCG